AAUAUGGAAGAAGAGAGAAAGUUUAAAAAAUCGCCAAGAAGAUUAUACUGCAUUGUCAUCAUAAUAAUUGGAUUUCUGUUCAUCUAUUUGUUUAUACAGGACAACAGAUUUGAAUAUGUGCAGUACUGUGACGACAAAGAAAUCAAGAAGAUACUGUUGCUCACGUAUGCCAGGGGCGGCUCGACGUUUACGGCUGAGUUGUUCAAUCAACACCCAGAUGCAUUCUUCUCGUAUGAGCCUCUAUUCACCACCGAUAUUAAGGACAUGGCAGAUAUCGCGAGGAGAAUUUUGACAAAUCAGAAAAAUAUUGCAGUGAGACGAGGACUAACGUACUCCAAUCAUGAGGCCCAAGAUGUGAUAAACAAUAUAUUCACUUGUCAUUUACACAGAAUACCACUGACUGCAGUUACGCAUCACUAUGUAAUGCUCAAAGGAUCUUUGUCAAACGUCUACAGUAAAUGCUUUGUUUCAAGCCUGAUGACAUGGGGACCAACGAACUGUCUUCAAAACAAUUGUAUGACCUCAAAAAUACGGACCAUAAAAACAAUAUUACUCAGGAUGAAUGCGGUGAAAGGGCUACUGCGCCAAAAUCCGCAUUUGAAAAUAAUCCAUUUAGUUAGAGAUCCACGUGGUAUUUUAAUGUCAAGAUGGCGGACAUUUGGUAAGGAUGACGUCAUUAAUACAGCCAAGGUCGGUGCUGAAGCGGAGGAAUUGUGUACUACGAUGUUAAACGACGUCAAACUCAGGGAAGAACUAGCAAAAAAUCACUCGAUGUCAUUCUUCUAUCUACGCUAUGAAGAUUUAGCUGAAAAUCCUUUAAAAAUAGCAGGAGACAUAUAUGAUUUUGUAGACAUGCCAUUUCAUGACACUGUUAAAGCUUGGUUUGCAAAGAACGAUACUCAGGGCGGGAAAUUUGAAACAACACGGCACAAUAUGAAGAAAACGUCUUAUUCGUGGAGGGACAAGAUACCAUGGGAGUUUGCAAAUAUUAUUGAUGCAACGUGUAGUAGAAUAAAUGAGAAACUUGGAUAUAAGCGCGCAGAAUCUUUAGAACAAUUGAGAGAUAGGUCAUUUUCGUUGCGUGUACAAACAGUAAAUGGAUAAAACAAAAUAUGACAUAAAUGCAACGCUUCCAAUGCCAUCUAUCAAUAACUUAGAGAUGCAAUAUGUAUUUAAUCUCAUCAGGCGGAGUCAAAAAAGCUAAUGCAAACUAAACUUAAUAAUCCAAUAUCCAGU